GCUUUUCAUGAUCUGAGCCAGUGGGAGCAUGCAGAUGUUAAACAGAAGAGGCCCCAGGCUGGAACCUUGCGGAAAUCCACAUGUCAUUUUUGCAUGUUCAGAUGUGUAAUUACCUACAGAGACAAAGUAUUCCCUGUCCAUCAAGUAGGAUUCAAACCAUUCUAAUGCAGUCUCAGAAAUCUCACCCAGUUUCCAGUCGGUCUAGUAAUAUGUUGUCAUCAACUGUUUAGAAUGCCGCACUGAGGUCCAGUAACACUAAGAUCCAGUAGAACUAAAACAGAAAUUCUGCCAUUGUCUGUGUUUAAGUAAAUGUCAUUGAAGACCUUCACAAGAGCCGUCUCAGUGCUGUGGUGUGGUCUAAAUCCUGCCUGGAAGACAUCAGAACAGCUGUUCGUUAACACAAAGUUGUUCAGCUGCUUUAAAACUGCUUUUUCGAUUAUUUUACUGAGAAAUGGGAGGUUUGAUAUUGGUCUAUAAUUGUUCAUUAGUGAAGCGUCUAAAUUGUUCUUUUUUAAUAAAGGUUUGAUAACAGCAGUUUUCAAGGACUGUGGGAAGACACCUGAAAGAAGAGGCGUGUUAACAAUCUGUAGAUGGUCUGAGGCCAUGCAGUUUGAGACAUUUUUGAAAAGAGAUACAAAAUCAGCGUGAGCUUCUGUGCAUGUUGUGAAACCUGCAGUCUGAAGGGCAGAAGCUUUAACGCUCAUCGACAAGCUUAGUUUACACUUUGUGUUAAUAAAGUUGAUUGACAAUGUCUCGAUUCAUGUUGUACUUACAGUGGAAAGGUGUCGUACAGCAGAUUAACAGUCUCAGAGUCGACAGCAGAUCUGCUCUUUAACUGCUGUGUGACUGACGAGCCUUACACUGACUGUUGUGCAACAUGUGCAUUUCACUGCAAUUUCCUCAAUCUCAAGCAGAGACAUGUCAGGCUAUCCCAAAUAUUUCCUGAUGUUUAUAAGAAAAUUGCUGCCAGGAUGGAGAAGCUGCACAAACACAAAUAACUCAAACAUAAUAAGUGAUGUAUGCAUUUGACCACUUUGUAUUGUGAUGAAAAGGAGAAUAUAAGUUCAUAACAACUUUGAUUCUUAGUGCAAGUUACAGGACUGCUUUAGAGCUGGUCCAACUGAUGAAAUAAACACACACUGACAUGUUGGUAGACAUUACUUCCUGUCACAUGUUCCUGCUGGCUGGAAAACAAAAAUGUUGUUCAACUUGUUUAGUUUCAGUCGACCUAUCAAAAUGUUCACGCCUCACUGGAGGAUUUGACAUUGUUGAUCACAGCUGAGACACCAUUUUAAGGAGUGAGAUUGCUGCUGAAACACACGUUGGAGUUUAUCAACUAGAAAAGGGAAGAGACACGUUGGUGAGUCCUGCUGACUGAAAUAUGAGUUCAGUUCAAAAUGGCUGAGAAAACUGCUCUUCUUGAAAGUUUCCUGAGCUGCCAUGUGUGUUCAGAGACUUUCAGAGAUCCUGUGUCUCUGAGCUGCAACCACAGCUUCUGUUCAAGCUGCCUGCAGAAAUUCUGGGAACAAGCUGAAAACAAAAACUGUCCAAUUUGUAAAACAAAAUCCUUAACUGAUGAACCAGCUGCAAACCUUUCACAGAAGGAACUGGCUGACUCAUUUGCUGGGAGACAGAAAUCUGGAUCAUCUGAGAUCGAAAAAGACGAGGAUAAACUGCAGGUGGUGUGUAGUAAACAUCUAGAUGUCUCUUAUUGGUUCUGUGAGGAUGAAGACAGAGCUGUGUGUCCUGUCUGUGAGUUUUCUCUCCAUCGGAGUCACAAAGUGGUUCCUAUAGAACAAGCAGUCAGUGACCUGAAGGACCAGCUGAAAUCUGACUUACAGUCUCUGCAGGACAAGAGGGACAAAUACAAACAAGUGGAGAAAACAUACAAUGAAGUGACUCAACACUCCAAGAAGCAGCUGUUGUCCACAGAGAGACAGAUCAGAGCAGAGUUCAACAAGCUCCACCAGUUCCUGAGAGAGGAAGAGGAGUCCAGACUGGCAGCUCUGAGGGAGGAAGAGGAGCAGAAGGGGAAGACUAUCAGCAGAGAGAUGAAGAGGAUUCAGGAGCAGAUCUCCUCUCUGUCAGACAGUAUCUCUGCUGUUGAAGAAGAGCUGCAGAAACACAACGUGCCAUUCCUCAGCAGUUAUAAAGCCACUCAGACCAGAGCCAGAGUCCAGUGCUCACUGUCAGAUCCACAGCUGCUCUCAGGAGCGCUGAUAGAUGUGGCCAAACACCUGGGCAACCUGUCCUUCAGAGUCUGGGAGAAGAUGAAGGAGAAGGUCCACUUCAGUCCUGUCAUUCUGGACCCAAACACUGCACAUCCCCGUCUCUGUUUGUCUGAUGAUCUGACCAGUGUGAGACGUGAAGACGCAAAGCAGCAGCUUCCUGACAAUCCAGAGAGAUUCACAAAGUAUGCCACUGUUCUGGGCUCUGAGGGCUUCAGCUCAGGGAAACACAGCUGGGAGGUGGAGGUGGGAGAUCAUCCUGACUGGCUUGUAGGUUUGGUUAAAGAGUCAGCUGACAGGAAGGGAGAGGCAGAUGCUUCACCUAAAUAUGGAAUCUGGUGUUUAUUGUAUGGUAAUGGAAAAUACAUUAAUGGAUAUGGUGAGACUGUCAGAGUGAAGAAGAGUCUUCAGAGGAUCAGAGUCCAGCUGGACUAUGACAGGGGGGAGGUGUCCUUCUACGACCCUGAAGAUAUGACUCACAUCUGCACUCUGAAAGACACUUUCACUGAGAAACUCUUCUCAUAUUUCAAUAUUGGAAAGUCUGGUGAUCCAAAAACUGCUGAUAUCAAAAUCUGUCCAACAGAUUUUUCUCUGUAAUGUUUAGGGGUGCACCGAUUGCAAUUUUCUGGCCGAUCGACGAUCAUCGUUUUUUUUUUUUU